AUGAUCGUCGAUGAACCAACUCCAAACAAUAUCCAUUGUUACGGUUACCGUGGAAACUAUGUGACGACAGCAAGCGAUAUCCCAAACAUUAGGCUCAUCGUGCCAGGGAGUGGUGCUCUGCCCGUUUUGAUCGCAGAUAUCAAAGUGAAGACCUGCUGGCUGGUCAUGAAAAACCCGCGUAAAAUGUGGGUCUUCAGUUGGACUCUGUGGCUUUUUAGUUCCUUCUUUAUUCUACCUGUGCGAGGGAACACGUGUAGUGCCAUGGUCCAGGCUGCACCCGGUGAUGAUCUGACCGCACUUCGUAACAAGGCUUUCGCGUCUUUCAGAGCCCAGUGCCGUGGUAAACGAGAUGACGUUUCUUGCUCUGUGGAGGGACCUCUCGGGAUGGAAGAUGGUCGCAUCCGGGAUGAACGCAUCACAGCUUCGUCUUUUUGGCGAAACCUCGCUAGCCACGCCCCAUCCAGGGCCAGGCUUAAUACUCAAGGAUACGCUGCAGCAUGGUGUAAUGAUGAAACUACUGAUGACAUCAGUCCGUGGAUACAGGUUGACUUCGAUGGCACAGUCACCAUCACUGGUCUGAUCACCCAGGGGCGUGGAGACAGCCCAUGCGACCAAUGGGUGACGGAGUACCAAGUGGCGUACAGCGAAGACGGUCAGUCCUGGAAUAACGUGACUGAUGCAGACGGCACACCAAUAAAGUUCCCUGGUAACAAGGACAAGAACACCCCGGUAACUACUCACCUACCGUUUGCCUUGCGCACCAGAAUCCUGCGCAUUCACCCCACUGCAUGGAACCACCAUUGCAGCAUGAGGUUUGAAGUGAUUGGCUGCUAUUAGUCAGACUCAUUACACUGCCGACGAGUGAGUGAAAUGAUUUCAACGUCAAAAGGUAGCUCUGUCGUAGAACAAAACGAAAAUAUUCAUGCUUGUAAAUACCGGCUCUACUCAAAAUUAUUUGGUAGU